AUGGUUGGGAAAGGGUGGGGUCUGAAUAAAUCCCUUAAUACCCAAACACCCGGACACGAACUGAUCCCGAAUUCUGAACAACAAACCCAGGACUCAGGUUCAGAUCCCACUUCUGCUGAUGCAGAUGCAGAGAAUGUUCAAGAGGGUGAAUCAGCCCCACCAGCAAAUGAAGAGCCUCCUGCCACCUCUGGGAAUGAAGAGGAGCAGCAGCAGCAGGAAUCCACACAGGCAGAGAAUCAAGAGCCUCCUGCCACCUCUGGGAAUGAAGAGGAGCAGCAGCAGCAGGAAUCCACACAGGCAGAGAAUCAAGUGCCUUCUGACUCUGCUGGGGAAGGACAGGAAACUCAACCUGCGGAAGGAAAUGUAGAGUCACCUCCCUCUUCUCCUGAAAACUCACAAGAACAACCCCAGCAAACAAAUCCAGAGAAGAAACCGCCUGCUCCUAAGACUCAGGAAGAACCUCAGCACGACAGAGGUCGUCCAAAGAAGCCCCUCCUUCCUUUUAUCGCUAAUUUAAUACCAGAAAGAAUUCGGAAAUUAUUAACUCGUAGUCCAUUAGGCAGAAGAUUUUAG